UUUGUGUUAACAAAUGUAGGAGGGAAGUCUGCAAUCCUGAUUUGACUGUGGUGUUCUCGUCCAACUACUCAGUCACUGUCACCAGAGCAGAAGGGGAAGUAUUAAGAAAGUAUUGAAAGGAAAAAACAACAACAAAGAAGAAAAGAGGAGUAGCAAGUAUCAAAGACUGUAUUAAAUUACUUUGGUUUAUCACCUUUUUUCUUUUUUUGCGAUGGCUCACUGCACAUUAAUGAAUGUUUUGCUUUGGCAUUCCCUUUCUGUCCAUCUGUCGUUCGCAGUCACACACAAGCUCCAGUACCUCUACACUGCAGUCACACCAGGAAUGAAUUUCCCAGAGUACACUGAUGUUGGUCUGGUUGAUGGAGAGCUAUUUGUGUACUAUGACAGCAACAUAAGGAAAUACAUCCCAAAAACAGAGUGGAUACAGAAGGUCACUGAUUCUGAUGCAGAUUACUGGAACAGCGGGACACAGAAUCAGCAAGCUGCAGAGGAGGUCUACAAAGAAGAUAUAGCUACACUAAUGCAGCGCUUUAAUCAGACUGAAGGAGUUCACACACUACAGAGGCUGUACGGCUGUGAGAUUGAUGAUGACGGGACUGUUAGAGGAUAUGAUCAAUUAGGUUAUGAUGGAGAUGAUUUCAUCAGUCUGGAUCUGAAAUCUGUCACCUGGACUGCAGCUAAACCUCAGGCUGUUAUCACCAAAAACAAACUGGAUGCUACAGGGACUGCUCAUGCUGACAAACACUAUCUGGAGAACAGGUGUAUCGAGUGGUUACAGAAGUAUGUGUCUUACAGCAGAGAGAUUCUGGAGAGGAAAGUUCGUCCUGAGGUAUCCGUCUUCCAGAAACACUCGUCUCCAGAGGUGGUGUGUCACGCUACAGGUUUCUUCCCUAAAAGUGUGAAUAUCACCUGGCAGAAGGAUGGAGAGGACGUGUAUGUGGGUGUGGAGCUCAGUGAGACGUUACCCAACCAUGAUGGAAGUUUCCAGAAGAGAAGCGUUCUGAAAGUCCCAGCUGAGGCGCUGCAGAAACACAACUACACCUGUGUGGUUCAGCACAGCAGCCUGCAGGAGGAGAUAGUGAUGCCUGUGAGCCAGAUCCUGAGAGGUGGAAGAGUGUAUGUAGUGUUUGGUAUCGUAUUUGGUGCAGCUGUGGUUCUUGUUGCUGUUAUUGGAAUUCUCAUCUGGAAGAAGAAGAAAUCUGACUUCAAACCCAUCACACAAAACGUGCACAGUUCAGAAGAAGAGUCUAAAAAGAACAAGGAGUCUUCUGGAAAGAGAAUGAGGCCAGGAAACAUAAUUGGCAUGAUGCUUACUUUUUAGAGAUUGUGCUUACAGGCCAAACGAAGGGCCCUCGCACCUCCAUCACCAGAAUAACAGAACACCCCAAAUUUAAAGAGCUUCACUGUUUAGGAAGCUUGUGAAAUGCCUCCUGACAUCAGUUAAUUUAUACCACUAACAUGUUCUAACCUCAUAGUACUAACUACUCAAGUAAGACAGUGGAAACAGACCAGAACUGUAAACAGACUGUAUAAAAGGUCAGUAUUGUCAGUUUGUACAGGGAUGUGAUUUUUCCGCGAAUUCGCGGAAUUCCGCUUUUUUCACCUCAAAAUUUGAAAAAAAAUUUUUUUUCCGAUUUUCCGCUCAAAAAUCCGCAUUCGUAUCCUAUUCGUUCCGACUUUCAGUAAUUCCGUCAUUGAGAUGAAACGAGGUACGUGAUUGGCCCAUUGCUCUGUAACAACCAAUGAAAGCGCUUGUUAGAUAGCUGUAUGUAAGCUCGCUUCAAAUAGUGCAGCGGUUAAUUGCAUAUUUCAUAAGAAUCCUUCAAAUGGUGAUACGAGCAUGAAAUUCUCCACAAAUAUGCUUUAAUGUCCUCUCUUUUAGAAAAGGGUCCUGGCCACGCCAAAAAUUCAAGAUGGCUGCCCGAAUGUGACAAUUUUUUGUUAUUUUCCCUCUUUUCUUAAUUUAAUUUUCCAAGUGAACCAUGUUUAUGCUCUUAUAUGCUAAUUUUACAGAUUUUGUUGUCUCUGAUAUAAAUUUAAGAAGGUUAGCCUUCAAUGUGGUGCCCAAAAUGGCUGCUACUCCUUGAAAAUUAUGAUUUAUCCAUUGUAAAUUGAGCAUAUUUAACACACACAUGCAAUCGUUUCUGGAUGUGGAUCUUGGUUGGUGUGGUGCAGAUCCCAUUCAACCGUUUUUUAUAAACUACAGUUGUGACUGUGAUUGCAAUUAAAAAAAACAAAACAAAAGAGUGAUUGUCAGCACACAACCAGGGCACACUGGUGUCAAUCACUGCUGUGUAACUCGGCAUGGGGUUCAGUGUCAACUGAUCUAGCUUUACUAACACUGCAGUAUUAGACUAGUUGUAGUAGUAUAUGCAUAGUUUAGUGUCCCAAAUGCUUUCUAACAGCCCCAUAUCAUGUAGCUACUAAACUGUAGUUUUUUAGUUAUUAGAUACUAGUUAGAGAGUCGCACCUGAAUUGACAGGAUGUGCCAGCGCGGGAGAGCCGAGCCAAGGGUAAGGGGGCUAUGCAUGUCUCACCAAAUGUUCAUGUACUUACCCGGAUGGUGUACAGAUCACACGGGACUUAAAUGGCACUGGAUGAAUGAUCGGGCUAAGUGUAGGGCAACCGAACCUAGUUGAAUCCCAUACAGUAAUGUGUGCACAAUUUGAUUAGGGUGGUAAAAGGAUAGCCCCUCGGCCUUAAUCAAGAGACAUCAUGGCAGAAGUGAAUGUGAUAUCUGCCAAUUGGAAAACAAAUUGGAGCUUGUGUUGCCUUUGCCAGAAGGUCAAAAGAAGUGAAGGCCUGACAUCCACUCCAAGUCAUCAUGCCCCAGAACAUGAUGGAUACAAAAUGCUGGCAAGGAACAUUCCCAUGUUCAGUGAAAUCAAUGACAUGCCAUUGAGAAUAGAUCCAAAGAGGCUGGAUGAAGGUGAUGGCAUAGAAGCCACACUCAGGAAAAAUAUGGCAAAAUACCAUGUGAGCUGUCGCUUGUUGUUCAACAACACUAAAUUGCAACGGGCACAAAAGCGCCAUUCCAGUAGUCAAACCAGUGAAACUGAGACUGGAGCUUGUCAGUCAAAACUGCGGUGAAAAAGUCAUGACAGUCAGACAUGCAUUUUCUGUGAAAAAGUGGCACCUGGGCGGCACGGUGGUGUAGUGGUUAGCACUGUCGCCUCACAGCAAGAAGGUCCGGGUUCGAGCCCCGUGGCCGGCUAGGGCCUUUCUGUGUGGAGUUUGCAUGUUCUCCCCGUGUCUGCGUGGGUUUCCUCCGGGUGCUCCGGUUUCCCCCACAGUCCAAAGACAUGCAGGUUAGGUUAACUGGUGACUCUAAAUUGACUGUAGGUGUGAAUGUGAGUGUGAAUGGUUGUCUGUGUCUAUGUGUCAGCCCUGUGACGACCUGGCGACUUGUCCAGGGUGUACCCCGCCUUUCGCCCGUAGUCAGCUGGGAUAGGCUCCAGCUUGCCUGCGACCCUGUAGAACAGGAUAAAGCGGCUAGAGAUAAUGAGAUGAGAUGAGAUGAAAGUGGCACCUGCAUCAGACCUCAGAGAGGCCAGUACAACGGGCCUAGACAAGAGGCUGUGCGACAUUGCAGAGAUGCUUGGUGAUGGUAAGCUUCUUGCAAGAUUGACUGGUGGUGAUGUCAUUGCACAGGAGUUCAAGUACCAUAAUGUUUGCCUUCGGGCCCUCUACAACAGGGAAAGGGCGCACCUGAGGAACCUUAAGAAACGUGACACUAAGUCACAACCAGAUGUGUAUCCAAUGGUGAUCUCAGAAUUGGUUGCAUACCUUGUUGAAAGCAACCUAUGUUCAGAAGGACCAGUCACAUUUCGCAUUUAGGUUGGACUUGGAGGUCUUCUUUGUUUAAAUCUUGAAUGACAUGGUAGAUUGUGGGAAACAGUUCAUGAUCACAAUCCCAUGAUUUAAAGUUCAUUUAAAUGGAAAAAGCAUGUUUAUUUCAACAGAUAUAUGGUCUCAGUGUGAGAUUGCCAGAUACUGAUGGUGGCCAUCUUGAAAAAAGGUUGCCAUCUUGAAUUUUCAUGUGGCCAGGAUCCUAAUCUGAAAGAGUAUAUCCAGGAGGGUAUCUGUGCAAAAUUUCAUGCUUGUGUCACCAUUUGAAGGAUUUUUUUAGUUAUCUGCUCCACUAAAACAAAGAGUUGAAAGAUGGCAGCCUCCGUGAUCGAGCGUAAAGAUACAAAUCGAGUUAAAGAAAUCGACAGAAUAGUGAAAAACAAGUUCCGCUGGGAAUGGUUGGAGAAAGAGGUUGCUACAGACGUUCGACAUAAGACUGUGAGACAUUUGUUCAGCGAUUUCGUUCUUUGGGGGGAGGGCAGAGGUCUCUGGCUGUCAAGUUUGGGGAUGCUGGGACCUCCCCUGCCCGAGCUACGAGCGUGCAAAGUCGGGCUGGAGCCCGGGAUAGAAACGAAACCUAAGCGGAGCGCCGCGGCUCGCCUCAGGGCAAAUUACGUCCCGAGGCGCGGGGCUAGCGCGCCCUGCCCACGCUGGUUCUUUGGGGAGAGGGCAGAGGACUCUGGCUGUCAAGUUUGGGCAGGCUGGGACCUCCCCUGCCCGAGCUACGAGCGUGCAAAGUCGGGCUGGAGCCCGGGAUAGAAACGAAACCUAAGUGAGUAAACACAGUAGUUUUGAAUAUCCUUAAGUGAGUGAACACUGUGGAGUUAUGAUUAUCCUUUGGUGAGUGAACACUAUAGAGUUAUGUACAGGGGCGGUCCUGGGGGCGGUCCGACCGGGCAGCCGCCCGGGGUGGCAUCGCGGGGGGGCGGCACGAGCGCGGGUGCGAAGAAAAAAAAAACGGUCCCAAAAAAAAAAGAGCUCGUGCAGGAGAUCAGGAACUUUCCUGACUUGCCAUCAGCAACUGUGACCCCCCCCUUGAGCUGAUCACAUUCAUGCACGAGAAGGAGCUAUCAGAGAUCUACCCCAAUUUCUGGACUGGACUCAGAAUAGAGUGCUCCAAGAUGAUGCUAAAAAUAGUAACACUGCGGUCUGCGCGGCCAUCUUGGAAGUCACUCGCUCCAGAGCGCUCAUAGAGUACACAUUCACCGAUUCGUUUCCGCGUUAGAGGGCUUAGAAGCUUGGAUUUUUUAAGAAUUUAGACAUCUGAAGUGAUGGAGCACUACUGUGAAAGUUUGGAUAAGCAGGCACGGGAGCGUUAUGCUGAGAAGGUACGUUUCAUUGGGAAUGUAGAUCCAUACACUGUCAGUGAGAAGGCGCCAGCAGGGGGUUUGGCCCGGGGAGUAAAUCACUCUAGGAUCGCCACUGGUUAUGUAUAUGAAGUUGACAUUGCUAGAGUAGAAACUGCAUAAAAAAAGUGACUGAUAUGCUGGAACUGGACAUGGAUGCUAGCAUCUUUUUUUCUUUGAGAGUUCCUGAAGACUUGUGGAUGAAUUCUUAUGUUGCAUCAUGUUUGUUUGAAAAGGCACAUUUAGGUAGGGCUGCACAAUUAAUCGAAUUUAAUCGAAAAUCGCGAUUUUGGCUGCCACGAUUAAAUUAAAUGAAAAUCGCGAUUUAUUUCCAUUUAAAAUGCGAGCUCUGCUGCAUAUCUGAUAAAGCACUUUUUGACCAGUACUCCGCCAAACCAUUAGGGGACGAACCGACGUAUGUAAGGUUUCAUUACUCCGCCUAAAUAAGCAAGCAAGCCAAGUGACUUCACCCUCUGGCUCGCGCACUUGUUUACCUGCCUGCUCCUGCUACUCCAUUUCUGAAUGCCCACCUGAUGCACCUUCUCAGGCCUGCACCGACAGCGAUUUCUUUCCCUUCCCCUUUCCUUUCCCCGUUUUCCAAUACAAAUUCCCAUAUUUCAUCUUAGGCUUAUGGACAUAUGCAUCCAACAUCAAAGUUAACACUCGUUGUUUACAAGCGUUUUAGUGGACUAAAUUGAGGAGGUAAACAGUGGACUUAAGCGGUUUGUCUGUCUGCUUCCUGUUCUCUUUAUUCCGGUAGGUUACUGUUUUCUAUUCAUUAUGCGUGUUUUAUACAUUGCCUGGACUUUAUGGCUAUUUUGGAUGUUAAAUAUGGACUGGUUGUCAUCAACCCGGGAAAGAGUUUCCCGCAGGACUUUGGAUUUCGUUUUAUACACUGCGUCAAAAAGUACGCAUAUACACACAUUUGUCUCCCAAAAGGAGCACACUGACCUUUCCACACAUGGACUUGAUUUAAAGCUCUCUUUCAUUUACUUGCUAACGAUCAGAGACUAUUUCACUGUAUCAAGCACAAGGCAUGGUUUGUUGCACAGUGUAUCUUCCCGAGAUGUCAUAUUAAAACAUGUUUGGCAA